AGGGGAAGUCAGCACCUAUGUCUAGCUCCUUCUCAGGCUCAGGUUGGCCACCCCGGUGUAAAUGAUUUCCUGGAUUCAAUUUAAAUUAAUAUCUGGUGCCUCCACCUUGUUUAUUUCCUGGAAAUUUCCAGAUCUGCUUAUUCCAGAGGUGACUACAGAACAACUACCAUGCCACAGACUAUUGGGCUGAGUGUCACAAACUCUCUGUCAGGAUCACACAGGGUGGCAUGUUUAUUGGGGGAAGAAAAGGAAGUCAGAGAAGAGGUUAAGUGAUAUGUUUUGUUUUGCUUUGUCAUUUACUGUACGUAUCUCAGCAUAAACUACAAUAACUCAGUACAUUGCCUCCUCCCACAUAUCUAGUCAAAGUCCUCUGCACACUCAGCAAAGUAGAAGGAAAGGGGUGAUUUACAUUGUUCUUGAUUGUGAUGCUGUUUUAUAUCUGAAUAAAAACAAAGAUGAGUUCAGGUUCAACUCUAUUAUAAAUGGGGAUCCUCCUGUUUCCCCCAGUAGGGGCAAAGUCCACAAGACUUGCUCCUGUCUCAAAUUGCUUAGGAACCCUCAGCAGUAUCUUUGUGCUACUGCCUGGGUGAGCUGGUGGAUGGAAAAUUGCUUUAGAUACUGUGGCUUGGUGGCACUGGCAAGGGGCCAGGGUGAAAGAGGCCCAGUUGUGUUGGAGUUGGUAGCCUGCAGGGCUUCUCUCAGCAUUUCCCCUCUCCCAGUCAAGAUAGUCUCCUCAGAACAGAUGCCAGGGACUCAGCGAGUGACACUGCUCCUCUGCCAUGGACCUUCUCUUAGGGCUUGUUUACAUGAGAAGUUGGUAUUCCUGAUCACCACCUUAUGUGGAUGCUCUUAUUCCAGAAUAAGAUGACCACACAGGGCAUUAAUCAGGAGUAACUACUCAACUUUAAAUUUGGAUUAAGAUUGGAUGUGAAUUUACUUUAUACUUUAUAGACAAGCCUUUAGAGAGAAGCAAGUUAUCUGAGAGAGGCUCCCUAGGAGUUUCCACUGUCCUGAUAGCAUCAAAAUGCUGGAAUUACGCCAGGGAUAUACAUAGUAACCAGGUCUGUGUUUAGGGUUGCUAUAGGAUGCUUUCUGCUCUUUAGUUUAACAGUUUGUAUUAGACAACAUGCGGUCCCAUUUGCAGAGAGCUUUUGAAAAUCUCACCUUUAGAAUUUUAUGAUUACUUCAUGCCUUUUAUUUAAAAGAAAAACUCUUUUGCCUUUUUCCCUAAUUACCUUGCAUUGUACAAAUGAGUGCUUUCUUUUAAGCUUUGUAAAUUACUCUUUUUCUUGUGAGCAUUUGGAAAUGAAACAUUCACAAUUCUUUCACACUGCUUGGAUAUAAACAAUGACAUAGAUUGCUACAAACGAGAAUAAAAAAUUAGUACAAUUGUUUAAUAUUUUCCAAAGUGUUGUGCAUUUAAAAUUAAAUUUCAGUGGGGCCUCAUGGGAUAUGCUUAUGAAAUUCACUUCUUGAAUUUAAAGGCACAAAAGUCCUGAAGGACUUCUAAACAAGACACAUUUUAUGACUGUUUUAAUAUAAACUUUCUAAAGUUUUAUGUUUAUAUUCAUUUGAAAGAGCUCCGCGUGUUUUCUUAAUCUUUUGUACAACUGAACAAUUUCAGAGAAUGGACUGUGAAGAAGAAACUUCAGACACUUUCAGAACAGUCUGUGCCAGGACUUUGAUAACUAAGUUUGAUCAGAAUUUCCAACUUUUGCACAUGUGCAAACUGCAGACUAAUACCAGUUAAAUUUAUUUAAAAAAAAAACAGUCAGGAUUCACUCAUUUUAUAAUUAACAUUGCUCUCAUAAACUCUCUGAAUUAUUUGUGUCUAGAUAUGCACAGUUAUUAUUUCUGUUCCAGCUUACCUAUAGAAGAGUGACCUCUGCACAUAACAGGUGUCAUUCCUAGAAAGUGUAAGCUCUGGUCUACAAUAGGAGUUGAGGUCAAAUUUAGCAGUGUUAAAUUGAUUUAACCCUGCACCUGUCCACACGACGAAGCCCUUUUUUUCGACCAAAAGGGCUCUUAAAAUCGAUUUCCUUACUCCACUCCCGACAAGGGGAUGAGUGCUGAAAUUGGCCUUGCUGGGUUGAAUUUGGGGUACUGUGGACGCAAUUAGACGGUGUUGGCCUCCGUGAACUAUCCCAGAGUGCUCCAUUGUGACCGCUCUGGACAGCACUCUCAACUCAGAUGCACUGGCCAGGUAGACAGGAAAAGGCACGCAAACUUUUGAAUUUCAAGUUCCUGUUUGCCCACCGUGGCAAGAGCUCAUCAGCAGAGGUGACCAUGAUGGAGUCCCAGAAUUGCAAAAGAGCUCCAGCAUGGACCGAACGGGAGGUACGGGAUCUGAUCGCUGUAUGGGGAGAGGAAUCCGUGCUAUCAGAACUACAUUCCAGUUUUCGAAAUGCCAAAACAUUUGUCAAAAUCUCCCAGGGCAUGAAGGACAGAGGCCAUAACAGGGACCUGAAGCAGUGCUGCAUGAAACUUAAGGAGCUGAGGCAAGCCUACCAGAAAACCAGCGAGGCGAACGGCCGCUCCGGGUCCGAGCUCCAAACAUGCUGCUUCUAUGAUGAGCUGAAUGCCAUUUUAGGGGGUUCAGCCACCACUACCUCAGCCGUGUUGUUUGAGUCCUUCAAUGGAGAUGGAGGCAACACGGAAGCAGGUUUUGGGGACGAGGAAGAUGCUGAUGAUGAGGUUGUAGAUAGCUCACAGCAAGCAAGCGGAGAAACCGGUUUUCCCGACAGCCAGGAACUGUUUCUCACCCUGGACCUGGAGCCAGUACCCCCCCGAACCCACCCAAGGCUGCCUCCCAGACCUGCCAGGUGGAGAAGGGACCUCUGCUGCAUGUGUUUCAAGGAUCUUCUCCUUCCCAGAGGCUAGCGAAGAUCAGAAGGCGAAAAAAACACACUCGUGAUGAAAUGUUCUCCGAGCUCAUGCUGUCCUCCCACACUGACAGAGCACAGACGAAUGAAUGCGUGGAGGCAGACAAUGUCAGAGUGCAGGAAAGCACAAAAUGACCGGGAGGAGAGAUGGCAAGCUGAAGAGAGUAAGUGGCGGGCUGAAGCUGAAAGGUGGUGACAGCGUGAUGAGAGGAGGCAGGAUUCAAUGCUGAGGCUGCUGGAGGAUCAAACUAAUAUGCUCCAGCAUAUGGUUGAGCUGCAGGAAAGGCAGCAGGAGCAUAGACUGCCACUACAGCCCCUGUGUAACCAACUGCCCUCCUCUCCAAGUUCCGUAGCCUCCUCACCCAGACGCCCGAGAAUGCGGUGCGGGGGCCUCCGGCCACCCAGCCACUCCACCCCAGAGGAUUGCCCAAGCAACAGAAGGCUGGCAUUCAAUAAGUUUUAAAGUUUUAAACUUUUAAAGUGCUGCUUGUCCUUCCCUCCUCCACCACCCCUCCUGGUGCUUCUCUCCUCCACCACCCCUCCUGGGCUACCUUGGUAGUUAUCCCCCUAUUUGUGUGAUGAAUGAAUAAAGAAUGCAUCAAUG